AUGUCCAAAGAGAAAGAUUGGGCUGCUAGUCUUGGUGAGGCGAAACCAGUCCUCCGAUGCUAUGCAACGUUUGGGAAACUGUCGGAAGCUUCUACAGCAACCACAGCUACAGAACCAGUUGAAACGGCUGAAGCCGCUGCAACGCCAUCUGGAGACACUUUUAUUCCUUCCCGUCGUGUACGCACUGUUCCUGGAGGACCUCACACUGACAUUUUUGAUCAUGGUGACGAAGGGGAUGCCCUUUCUCAAGCACCUCCAAGAGCUCCUGAUGCUCGGCCCAUUGUAGUUGUGCCAGCUUCUGCCCCAGCUCAAGUGCCCGAUAAUCAGCAUGUUGGUCUGGAUUUCACCUCUGAGGUCAAGCCUAGUCGCCGUGUACGUGAAAACCCCGGUGGAACUAGCAGCUUGGCAAACUUCUGGGACUCUGAAGAGACUCCUGAAUUCAAACCCACUCGGCGUGUCAGAGAAGGCCCUGGAGGCCGCGAUAAUAUUAGCGAAGGCAUCUUGGCGUACCGGUUUACAAAGUAG